AUGGGAGAUAACUUAGGAUUUCGUAAUUAUGUGUACUUAUUAUGGGUGGUAUCGGUCACACCGGUCGUACAUAUCCUACAAAACGACUUAACGGCGCAAAUGGUGAACAGGGAUGUCAUGAAUGCCGACACAAUCGACGACUUAUUUGAUGACAGACUCGAGGUAUAUCGAAGAAUUAUCGAUGGGAGUGGCAAAUGUGGCGAUGGGUUACACAACUACUGGUCCCCGACUGAUAUGGACAUUCAGGGCGCCUAUCCUUACUAUUAUAAUCCAGUCAAUAAUCCUACGGCAUCUGUCAAUUUCUUGAAGGUCUAUCCAUGAAAAUAAUAUUUUUUGUUUUAUAAAUAUAUUAUUAGCACUUGUUACCGAGAACAUCUAAUCACAUUGUGAAAAUAAUACUGUAUAAAAUAACC